AUGCCCUCGGAAAGGGAAACUGUACACCUGUGGUUGGAAGCGCACGCCACGCUACACCAAAACAACGCCCUGGGGCCGGACAAUGUCAGGCUCUUCGGGCCCGAGACGAGACCGAGGACCGACCCCGCGGGACUCGCUCAGAGCCGGAGCGAGCGAGGGAGCCAGGCGGCGGCGGCGGCGGCGGCGGCGGCGGCGGCGGCGGUGGCAGUGAUUGAGCGGACUGACAGCGCCUCUGAGCGGCGGCCCCGCCCCCGCCCCCCGCCCCCGCGCCGCGCGCCAGCCAAUCGGCGCGCGCCGUCCCCUUCCCAGCGCGAGGCCCCGCCCUCCGUGCCCGGGCUGCUGGGCCCCCGCGGCGUGACGUGAGCACGGCGGCUCCGCCCCCUGCGUCUCUGGCCUCGCCGGCCUUGGGGGGAUGGUUCCAUCAUGGCGUCAAUGCAGAAACGACUACAGAAAGAACUGUUGGCUUUGCAAAAUGACCCACCUCCUGGGAUGACUUUAAAUGAAAAAAGUGUUCAAAAUUCAAUUACACAGUGGAUUGUAGACAUGGAAGGUGCACCAGGUACCUUAUAUGAAGGGGAAAAAUUUCAACUUCUGUUUAAGUUUAGUAGUAGAUAUCCUUUUGACUCUCCUCAGGUCAUGUUUACUGGUGAGAAUAUUCCUGUUCAUCCUCAUGUUUAUAGCAAUGGUCAUAUCUGUUUAUCCAUUCUAACAGAAGACUGGUCCCCAGCGCUUUCAGUCCAGUCAGUUUGUCUUAGCAUUAUUAGCAUGCUCUCCAGCUGCAAAGAAAAGAGACGACCACCAGAUAAUUCUUUUUAUGUUCGAACAUGUAACAAGAAUCCAAAGAAAACAAAAUGGUGGUAUCAUGAUGAUACUUGUUGAUGCCACUGUUAUCAUCCUCCUAGCAGAAGAUAGUCCUACUGAGAAAAUGAGCACUUUGAUCAUUCAGUCUUUGAACUUUAACCUUUGACUGGAAGUGACCUAUAGGCAAUGAAGACUACUUCCUUUGACUGCAUUUUUACUCGUGUGCAUUCUGGGCGCAUGUUGAUCGCUGGUUCAAUCCAGGCAACUGACAUGCUUUUAUUAGUCAUACAGUAUUAAUGCAGGUGUCAGGAAAUGUCAAAUAUAAUUCCAUUUUUUAUUUUUAUUUUUGUAAGCGUUUGGAAAAGUUCCAGGUCCUCAUGUAUUGUGCAAUAAUAACAGUGACUUCCUUGGUGGUUUGGGGACGUUCAUUGCCGGCAAUGGACGUGAUAACAGGAAAAAUUUUCAUUAACUCCUGCCACCCAGUGAUUAAUGCAUGAUAGGGCCUAUGAAAUGAACUUGCGGUUAUAAUGGGAUUAUAAAUAAAGUGUGGGAUCCAACAUUUCUCUGAAAGUUACCCCAACUCUUUGUAUUUGGAUUCUAUGCACUGUGAUCCUGAGGUUAACAGCAUGAAUUAACAUGCAUCUUUAAAGGACUGUAAUGAAAGAUCAUUGCGUAUUUAUUGAAUUGUUUAUAUCUGCUGUCAAAUUGUUUUGACAUGGAAGGUUUUCAAGUGACAUUGGCAGAGAGGUACAAUAUGUUAUCCCUAUGGUGAAAAAUAAAUUCGUUUGUUGUAUAUAAUUAAAUCCUCAAUCUCUGAAGUAAAGGUCUGAGUAAUAUAGGGUAUGAAUGAUUUAAUCAAGGCUUUAUUUUGGAAGUAAGAAAAAUGGCAGUGAUGAAUGAACUGCUGCAGCCCAUAAUUGGGCUUGUUAUUUGUACAUUGACGAUUUUUCCAAGUAGAGUACACUCUGUUAUACUUCCUGCUAGCCAUCAGCAUGAGCCCUACUGCCGAAACACUAUUUCAUUUAUUUAUGUUUGGAAAUCCAUAAACAUUUUUGUUUGCUAUUUUGUUUCCUUUGUUAUGUUUUAAGUCGUUUGAAUGUUAUACUUUAAUUGAAAACUUUUGUCACGUUUUUUCUUGUAAAUUUCUUUACUUGUAUCAUCUUGUCCUCCUAUCCUGUAUCCUAAAAUAAGAAAUACAUUUUUGACAGAGGCUUAAUGUUUUAAAAAAAAAAAAGAGUGUGGACAUUUUUAUUUUAAAAUUUAGGCAACAGUACACUAUAAAAUGGUAUGUUUGCUUACUUGUCUCACAUAGCCAUACAAUUUUUUUCUGAGGGAUUUGUUUAGCUAUUUAAAAGACUUACAGCUCAAUGACAUUUUUUCCUACAGAAAGAUACUGUUGAAAGGUCCAAUUCUCAGUACCAUGGCAGUUGAUGCUACAACUAGAGUAUCUUUUUAAAAAGUGCUUAAUAUAUUUUAUAAAUUACCUUUUCACAUAUGCAAAAUCUGUUUAUACUACGAUGUUAUUUUUAUUAAUACCUGUUGCACUCUUUUUGACAUCCUCCAAUGACUAUAAGAAUCAUUAUAGGCUUAAGAAUAAAAGCCAGUUGACUGAAAAUUGUGAAAUAUGUACCCCAACAAAAUUAUUCAAUCAGUAAUUGGCAAAAAAUAUUUUAAAAAUUGUUUUUAAUCUCUGUAUAGAUAAUAUUUUAUAGCUUUUUACAUGUUGUUAAUUAAGGGCAUAUAAUUUUACACUCAAAGAAUAAUUGCUGAACUCAGGGGUGGGUAGACUUCAAAAAUAUGUCUGCUAUAGAAAUAACUUGAAAAAAAUUAAAACCGUGGCCAGCCACCAAAUUGUGGACGCUCUUUAUAGUACUAGUUUAGUAGUUACCACUUUUGAAAAUGAAAAACAUUUUUGGUUUUUUGGGGGGUGGGUUGGGGAAGGCCACUCCUGGCAGUGUUCAGGAGCUACUCCUGGUGUGGUGCUCUGGGGAUCGUGCACUGGGCAGGGAUCAAACCCAGGGCUCCUUCAUGGAAAGCAUAUUAUAUUGCAGCCCUCUGAGCCAUCUCCCAGACCUGUUUAAAACCUUACUGUUCUAUCUUGACUAGACAUACAUGUAAAUUCUCAUAGUAGUUCCUAUUAUUAAUUGGCCUAUUUAACCAAGGGGGGAGGGGGAGUUUUUGAAAUGCUUUGAACGACUCUUAGUUUUUAACUCCUUUUUAAUAUGAAAACUACAGCUACUAAAUUGUAUUUUUUGUAUUUUACAUAACUGCUCUAAACUGCUGAUUGAUUUGAUCAUUUUUGGGGGUGGGGGGGCUAAGAAUCUCUUCAUCCUGUUUUCCCUCUAACUAAAAUCCUUUUUGUAGGGAAAUGACCUGUGGUAUUUAUUCACCAAAGGAAUUCAUAUACCUGGUCAAAGAUUAACAAUGCUAUACUAUAGAUUGCUAAGACCUACGUAGCCACAGUUGAGGUUUUAAUAUUAGUGCAAGUGUUUUAACAAACCUCUUUCUCUAUAGAGAGAGCUACCAUAAAAUAAUUAAAAAUUAAGUUAAAGUCAAGGAAAAAAAAUAUUAGAACAUUUUGUGAUUUAAAGAGGAGAAAUCAAAAUGAAAUAGCCUGAAACAGAGAAACACCAACCAUUGAGUUUGCAAGCAGAUGCCACCCUGACUCAUUACCUCUGAACUGUUAGUAGUCAUUGAAAACACCUUUGCACUCAGAUUUCACUAUUCCAUUAAUUUUGAAUGUAAAUUACAUUAUUAGGAGACAAGACGUUUACCUAAGUCAUUGCUCUGGAGAGAGGGCAAUUACUGAUCUAUAAUAAUAGGAAUUAUUUCUCCGCACUGUGUUGUUGAGUGAUCGCCAGAGCCAAGACAAUGUAUGUAGGGAACAUGCUGCUUCCCUCUGCCCUCGUCCUCUUAGGGCACUCAACUCUAGGCCUACAGAACUAUACAUUCAUCUUUAGACAGUAUGUACUUUUUCCUUUUUGUGUAUUUAUUUAUUUAUUUUGAGGCCAUUUCUUUGAUUUGCCAAAUUCUGUUAGAACGGUGACGCUUUCAGUUCCUUGUUUUGCAUGCUCCGGUAAUUAACUUGGUACCCUUUCUCAAAACAAUGUCAGGCGUUAAGGCUACAGAUCUUAAAAAGAUGUGAUUUUCCAUUUUUUAAGAUUAAAUUUUUUAGGUAAUAUUUAUGAUGUUCUAAGAAUUUAAUAUUUGCCUCUGAAGGACUUGUAAUGUGUGAUACCCUUCUUUUAACAAGUCAGAAAAUAAAGCAUUUUUAAUGCCUAGAAGAAACUCUUAAAGGUAACUUUUCUAUGUAGUCAACAGUUUAUCUGGAGAAAGAUCUUAAUCCUUGAUCUUUUUCUUAUUUUAAGUAGCUAUAAAUAUUUGGUAUAAAGUAACUUAGAAUAAUGAAAUUACAUUUUUUUCUUCUGAAAUUUUUAAGUGUAUGCAAAAAUAUAUCAUUAGAUUCCUGUAGUGGAUAAUAAUAUCUUCAGAUUCUAAAACAAGUAUUUAAGAAUUGCUUUCAUUGUUCCCAGAUUAUAUCAAAGAUGAAUUGACAAAUAAUGGAAUUGAGUAGUGAUACAAAAAAUGGCAUGUAACCACAUAUUACUUGUAUCUGGUAAUCAAGUCUUUUUUUUAAACUAUUGAUUUUGAGAAUUGAAAUACUGAAAACUUGUUCAAACUUCUUCCUAAAAAUAGAAGAGAAGAAGGAGGAGGUACUGUGUGUUGAAUUUUUUUUUUUUAAUAAAGAAUUCAGUGUCACUAGUUCUAAGCCUUUAUGGUUACUGCUGCUUAUAUUCCUUGAUCUCACUUUUAAUUUUUGUACAGUAGCUGUGUAUGUUUAAAAGAACAAUUGUAUAUAGAAGUUGGUUUCCCCAAAAAGCAAACUGAUGCUUAACCAUAUGUUUCUUUUCUGAGAAUCCUUUAUUACCAAAAUCACCUUCACUGUUCUGUGUUGUGCAGAUAUCUUUGCAUGACUAGGAGCUGUAAAAGUGUCUUAAUCUGACCAACUGGUCUGAAUCACUUUUAGCAAUCUCGCUCAUUUUGUUUUUUUGUGGUGCCUGGGAACUGUGAAGUGCAGAACUUCACACAAGUGGCUGCAGGCCUGUGCUCCUCCCUCCACACCCAGCCGUGUACCCAGCCCCCAGUCUGGUUUUGCCUUUUUCUUCAUGUCUUUAUGUUUCAUGGGUGUCCGAUGUACCUGUCUUUGGUAUUCUUCCUUUCUGACUUCUCUGUUCUCUCUUCCUUCACUUCUUCUGUUUCCCUGUUCCCUUUCUCUUAUGAGAUUAGGAAAUUCGGCGGGGUGGGUGGGGAAAACGUAUUAAAAGUACAUCAUGGUUUUUAAAUUAAAAAUUCUUUUUACAAAUCCAUAGUAUAGAAACAAAUCUUUAUAGAAGGGGCCAGAGAAGGUGUACAGUGGGUUAGGCACUUGCCUUGCGUGCAGCUGACUCAGGUUCCAUCCCCAGCACCCUGUACUGUCUCUUGGAGUCUGCAGGAGUGACCCCUGAGUGCUGAGCUAGUAGUAAGCCCUGAGAACUGCUGGAUAUGCGCCCCACACCCCGCUCCCCAAAAACAAAAAAAAAAUGAUAGUUUAGUUAAUCAGUAGAUGAUAAACUUGUUGGAUGAGUAACUAUUUGGGAAGUGAGCCUUUAUAAUAUAACAACUUGGAGAGAAUUUUUGUUUCCCUUUUGGAUGGUUCUACUGCCAAAGCCUUAGUGCCCAAAUGAGUGAAAUAAUUUUGGUGUAUGGUUUUAUUAUUUAAAUGACUCAAUCAUUCUUUGGUUUGGAGCUGUUUUUCAAAAUUAGGUAAUCUGUGUGAGACUUUUGCUUUCCUUGCAUAAGUUGUGCUUUACCUUAAAGACUGGCUUGAUUAUAUCAUUAUCACUAGAGACCCAUGGGAUUGAAACUUGCACUUCUAGCUUAGAUCUCAAGCCUUUACAUUCAAGUUAUGGCUCUGACUAUAGGAAUAAUUGAGGUGUUACUGUGAUUAGUAUUGGGUUUGUUUAGUAAUCUUCAGGCUAAUACUUGGGAAUUACCUAUUUGUUUUGUUUGUGGGCUACCCAGUAACGCUGGAGUCCACCAGGCGUGCAGAUGGUGCUUGAGAGACCAUGCAGUAAUGGUCACUGACCCUGGGGAGUGGGUGCUGGUGCAUGCCCAACAUAUGCUCCAACCCUUAGACCUGUGUCCCUGGUCUUUGAGCAGCUUUUUUUUUUUAAAUGGAAAAAAAAAGUUGUUAAUAAAACUUUAUUCAAAGUUAAGCCAUUGUGAACCUGCACAAAGAAUGCCUGGAGAUAAACUGAUAUAUCUUAACAUAUCUAAAGAAUUUCGAUUUUGCAUUGAGUGCCGCUUAGAAAAGAAUCCUUGUUUUUUGGGGGGACAGGGAGUGUUGGGCCACACCCUGCAAUGCUUAGGGAUUACUCAGUUGCUCUGUGCUCAGGGAUCACUCCUUGCAGUCUCAGGGAGCACUGGGGGGUUGAACCCAGGUCAGCCGCGUGCAAGGCAAACCCCCUACCCACUGUACUGUUGCUCCAGCUCAGCAAUUUUGUUUUAUAGCACAUAAAGCUGUUAAGGUUUUCAGAAAAGUUUGUUUCUACGAUGAUUCUAGACUUUUCUUAUAGCAGUAGUGCAAAUUUUAAUUUUUACUGGACUUGAUUUGCUAGGUGUAACAUCGUGUAUAUUUCCUGGUACAUGGAAAGAUUGAAUAAUCCUACCUCUCUAAUUUUAAACCGUGAAGCAAGAAGAAUAAGGAAUUUGACAGAUUAUGUGAAAAACCAUAAAAAUGCAAGUCUCUUCCUAGUUAACUACAGAUUGCAAGGAUGGAUUUAUUAGGUUGAUUUUCUAGUAGCCAAAAGUGAAAUGUUUUCUCAAGUCAAAAUGAAUUUGAAUUUGUUGUUUUCACUUGGUACCAUUUUAUUUUAAUAUUCACAGUAGAUUGUGCAUUUUAUGAAUAGGAAUGAAAGCUUAUGUUUGAGGAUUUGAAUAGGGUGGAUGUAUAUAUUUUAUAAAUUCAAGUUGUAAAACAUGUAAAGCUACUUUUUAAAUAGAUCAAAUGUUAAGACAUAAAAUUUACAUAUAUAUUUUUAAUACAUGUAUCAAACUUGUUAGUUCAAUAUAAAUUGUUGUGUGCUUUAUGGAAUUCAGUGACUUAAUAAAGCAGUUGCCAUUGAUUUUUUUUCUGUAGACUUGAAUACUAAAUUGAAUAGACAUUAAAAUCUCUUUGUAGUUCUUAAUAAUACAAAAAUAAUUCUUCCUGAUAAAACUCUGCCUUUUUUAAAAAAGGAUUAUGAAAUCAGUAACACAGUUAUUUCAAAAUAAGUGUAACAGAAUGAGGAUGGUCACUAAAGCCACUUAUUUGUUAUAUUCAGCAUAUUAAUUGGUGUGAACUGAUGUCAUACUUUCAGUGAGUCCUGAUUAAAUACGGCAUUUGCAGAAAAGAUGGCAUCGGAAGAUGCUUAGAAUUACCAUGAGACGUGGUGUUAAACUUCGUGUUGAACUUUUAAUGAGAACAUACUUCCUGUGGAGAACUGUUAGAUGCUUUUCUGUGUAGGCAAUGGGUGGAUUAGAGAAGGAAAUACACAGAAGAAGGGGAUACCCCGGCAUCCCUGGCUGGAGGAAACCCAGUGUGCUCUCCUUGUAUGUUUCCUUCCCCAAAGGAGUUCCACGUUCCCCCUGAAGCACUCUAGUUCCCAUAUUUAGCCUUAAUAUUGUCAAGUCCCAGCAAACUCUGCAGCCUUAUAACUCUUAGUAGCUUUUACUUUAAUGGCAUUCUUUCUCUUUAAUUAAAAUAAAUUUUUUUAUUGAUUGGC